AAUGAAAAAUGGGUUCUGGUGCAGUGGAUCAAUCUGAAGGUCUCCCUCUCAUCCUGCCUCUGUGUCAGCCAGGAGCUCAUCUUCUGUGGCUGCACCAAUGGGAUAGUGCGCAUCUUCCAGGCCCACAACCUACACUACCUUGCCAACCUGCCCAAGCCGCACUACCUAGGAGUGGAUGUGGCCCAGGGCCUGGAGCCCAGCUUCCUCUUCUGCAGGAAGGCAGAAGCAGUCUACCCAGAUACAGUGGCACUGACCUUUGACCCCACCCACCAGUGGCUGUCCUGCGUGUAUAAGGACCACAGCAUCUAUAUCUGGGAUGUCAAAGACAUCAACAAAGUAGGCAAGAUGUGGUCGGAGCUCUUCCACAGCUCCUACGUGUGGAACGUGGAGGUGUAUCCUGAGCUUGAAGAUCAGAGAGCUUGUCUACCAUCAGGAUCUUUUCUGACUUGUUCUUCAGAUAACACCAUUCGCUUCUGGAACAUGGAUAGCAACCCUGACUCUCCCUGGCAGAGAAACAUCUUCAGUAAUACCCUACUGAAGGUAGUGUAUGUAGAGAAUGACAUUCAGCAUCUGCAGGAUAUGUCACACUUCCCAGACCGGGGGAGUGAGAAUGGGGCACCUAUGGACAUGAAAGCCGGAGUACGAGUCAUGCAAGUCAGUCCUGAUGGCCAACACUUGGCUUCAGGUGACCGAAGUGGAAAUCUGAGGAUCCAUGAGCUGCACUUCAUGGAUGAGCUGGUCAAGAUGGAGGCCCACGAUGCUGAGGUGCUAUGCCUGGAGUACUCCAAGCCUGAGACUGGGUUGACCUUGCUGGCCUCGGCCAGUAGGGAUCGACUGAUCCAUGUGCUGAACGUGGAGAAGAGCUACAACCUGGAGCAGACCCUGGACGACCAUUCCUCCUCCAUCACGGCCAUCAAGUUUGCAGGCAACAGAGACAUCCAGAUGAUCAGCUGUGGGGCUGACAAGAGCAUCUACUUUCGUAGUGCCCAGCAGGGCUCAGAUGGGCUCCACUUUGUCCGCACCCACCAUGUGGCAGAGAAGACCACCUUGUAUGACAUGGACGUUGACAUUACCCAGAAGUACGUGGCUGUGGCCUGCCAGGACCGCAAUGUGAGAGUCUACAACACCAUGAAUGGAAAGCAGAAGAAGUGCUACAAGGGCUCCCAAGGCGAUGAAGGGUCCCUGCUGAAGGUCCACGUGGACCCCUCAGGCACCUUCCUAGCCACAAGCUGCUCUGACAAAAGCAUCUCAGUGAUUGACUUUUACUCGGGCGAGUGCGUUGCCAAGAUGUUUGGCCAUUCUGACAUCGUCACCGGCAUUAAGUUCACCUAUGACUGUCGUCACUUGAUCACAGUAUCAGGAGACAGCUGUGUGUUCAUCUGGCACCUGGGCCCAGAGAUCACCAACUGCAUGAAGCGGCACCUGCUGGAAAUUGACCAUCAGGAGCAGGGGCAGCAGAACACAAAGGAUGGGAAGUGGAGCAGCCACCCCAGGCAGGAGGCAUGUACAUCCAGCAAGAUUUGCUCCUUAAGCCCUGGAGAGCAGACAGAGGAUGAGCUGGAGGAAGAGUGUGAACCUGAAGAGCUGCUGAAGACACCAUCCAAAGAGAGCUUGGAUCCAGGUUGGGAAACUGAUCCAUCCAAAGGAGUCCUCAUUUGACCUCUGUCAGUGUAGGGGUCGUGGCUGGGUUUCGCCCACUACUUUGUUUUCAGUGCCUGGCACAUACUGAAGCUCAGUAAUCAUAUUGGUCAGGACUCUCUCAGUGUAAUGGCAACCAGACUCUCAUUGGUGUAGCUAGAAAAAUAAUUUAUUGGUUCAUGUACCUGAAAAUUUGAGAGGAUGGCUUCGGGCAUAGCUGGAUCCAGGUAGUCAAGUGAUGUUAAAGGAGUGUAUUUAUUUUCUAUGUUUUGGCUCUACUUUUCUCCACAUUGGCUUUGCUGUCAGGCAGACUUCCUUUCCU